AUGGCUGCGACCGCGACAAAAGUUGUAGGAGCCGCAAAGGACAUAUCACCUCUUUAUUAUAGAAUGCUAUCAAAGUUUCCUCAAAACUUUACCUUUUGCUUUGCUUAUGGAUCUGCUGUCAAACCUCAAAUUGGAAAUGAGAAGAAACAUAACAUGAUUGACUUGAUUUACUGUGUAGAUAACUCUCAUAGAUGGCAUGGUGCAAACCUUGAAAUUAACCCCUCUCAUUACUCUGCUCUUCGUUUCUUGGGCAAAGGAUUUAUUGCAAAGUUUCAAGAAAAAUGGGGUGCUAAGGUCUAUUUUAAUACCUUGGUUGAGAUGAAAGAAGAAAAUGUUACAAUUAAGUAUGGAGUUGUGUCACAAAAAGAUUUAAUAACAGAUCUCCUGGAUUGGAACUACCUCUACCUGGCUGGUAGACUGCAUAAACCUGUAGAAAUAAUCAAACAAACAAAAACUUCACAACUGCAAAAUGCACUUCAGUCAAAUUUGAGAUCUGCAGUGCACACAGCUCUACUGAUUUUGCCUGAGACAUUUUCAGAAUAUGAUUUUUAUUUUGCCAUAUCAAAUCUUAGUUAUGCUGGAGAUUUUCGCAUGACUUUUGGUGAAAAUAAAAAUAAAGUGAGGAAUAUAGUUCAACCCCAGUUGCUCAGUUUUAGAGAAUUAUAUCGUCCAAUAUUGCAACAUUUCCAUGCUUAUGUUGAUUUUCCAACCGGGGAUGCACAAUGCCAUCAAGAUUUAAGUCCAAAAACUAAACUGCAUCAUCUAAUGCAAUUGCCUAUGGUUCCACAACAAAGAAUUGUUAAGUUCUGGAAUCAUGGUGGACCACAACAGGAUAUGGAGGAUGUGUUGAGAGCAGUUGCAUAUGACAUUGAUUGUGCUGUUAUUUUAAGACAGAUACUAAAAGAUUUAGUUUGGCAAUCCAGUGUACGACAAUCUUUAAAAGGCAUAGCCACAGCAGGUCUUCUAAAAUCUAUUCGGUACAGUGCUAAGAAGAUCGCAAAAAUGUUUUAG